AAGUGAAAUAGCAUGAAAACUGGUUUUAUGAAUAAUUUGUUGAAUAAAAAAAAGAUUCAAAAAUAACAUGAAUUUUACGAUUAGUUCUUGAGACGAAGUUUGAUUAUGAAAGGUGAUGUUUAAGAGCUUGAUUCAAUAGCUGUAAUGCCAACAGUUAUGCAAGUUGUUAAUUUUGCCACUUUGUUUGGAUUAUUUCUGUCCUUUAAUCAAAUUGUUAAAAUUGAAUGUGAAAAUAAACUGCAAUCGACUGAUAAACUUUUGAUCAAUCGACAAAUUCAUUUGGUAACUUCGGGAUUUUCAAGUGUCUUUUGGAAUUAUAUAAGAAGUUCUAGUGAUUCGUUGGAUAAUGUUUCAAGUCAGUGCUCAUCUCAUCUGAAUAAACUCCUAGAAUCAUCGUUAGAAGGUCAUCCUUUGGCAUUCAAAUUUUUAUCCUUAUCUGGAUCCCGCCCUAAUAACUUUCUCGAUGCAACUUAUGCUGCAUUUGGUUCUUAUGAUUCAUGUCUUGCCAUUUCACCAUUUCAUGAGGAUAAAGAUGAUCAAACAAUCAAAGGAAAAUACUGUUUAACAUCAUUGGAACCUGAUUUACACAGAAAUGGUCAAUCAAAUGGUCAAAUUCUUAGUCAAUUAUAUCCCCAUCAUUUCGAUGCAGAAUUCAAUUUUACAAUAAAAGUUGGGUUCUGUGUUCCUUCAGUUUGUUCACAAAAUGAUGUUCAACAAAUUAUAACUCAAGCUUUCACCGAGUAUUCAUGGAAAUUAGUUGAUGUCCAUUCCUGUGAAGUUGAAACUAACUUCUUUGAUAGACUAAAGUCAGCAAAUAAAGGACAACAAUUUUUCUUAUGGCUACUGGUCACUCUAGUCUGUGUUGUCAUGAUGGCAACUUACAUGGAUUUAAAAGGCCGAUCAACUGUAGAUGAAAGAUCCUCUCUUUUCUGGAUCCAGCAGUUCUCAAUUAACAAGAACAUUCGAAGUUUGUUUCGCCAGUCACAUUGCAAACCGAGAAUAUUAAUACUCGAUCAAACCCGAUUAAUGGCACUGCUGUGCAAUUUAAGUGUACACGCUGUCAUGUGGAUCACGACGAUAAACGCUGCUUUUUUACCAGAAGAUACUCAAUUCAUUAUUGAUCAAUUUUCCAAGUUUCAUGUGCAACCAUUUUUGAAUGAUUGGAUAACCGACGGUCUAUUUUUUAUUGGUAGUGGAAGUGCUUCACUUGCUCUUAUACUCAAAAUGGGACCGAAAACACCCAUAACUACGUACCUAAAAUGCAUCUUCAACAGAGCAGCUUUAUCGGUUCCUAUUUUGAUUCCAGUGAUUGCACUCGAAGUAAUUUUACCACUUGUAGGAUCUGGACCAAUCUAUCAAUCAAUUAACCAAUACCGAUCAAAUGUUUGCCUUAAAACUUUCUGGAUGAACUUAUUGCAUAUACAGAAUCAUAAUGGGCCAGUUGAAUUUUGCGCACCUCAUACUUGGACGAUUGCAGUCGAAUGGCAACUCUUUGCUUUAUCCUGUUUCUUGGUAUUCAUUUACAAGCGAAAAAAUAGCUUGGGACUGUCACUUAAUAUUCUGAUGGUCAUCUUUGGAUUCUACAGAACUGUUAAAAUAUAUUUGGAAAAUGAUUUGCAGCCCCAUGCCAUAAUGACUGCAACAAACUACAGUCAAACUGCUAAUCGAAUGGCUCAUGUUCAUAUUUCAACUGAAGCUCAUUUAUGGUGCUACCUCAUGGCUACUCUAAUUGCCGUUCUAUUGGGAGCUAAUUAUGAAGCAAAAGUUAUAAAAUUCUUACCAUUGCUCGAUAAAGUGGCCAUAAUCAUGGUCUUAAUGGUUUCAUUUAGUCCAGCCCUUUGGAAUGUUUUUGCCAUGAAAAUUGAACCGCUGACCACAAUUAUUUAUGUUUUGUUCAGCAAAGUUACGCUAACAUUUCUUGCUUUGAUAAUCGGUAUACAUAAUGCGAAGAAGGGAAGAAAAUAUGUAAUUAAAGCAGAAUCAGGCGAUAUGUAUAUACAUGAUGACGAUUCUGAUUCCAUUUCCCAGGAAAUGAACCAGAUCAAUAACAAUAUUGAAUCGAAAGCCAUUAAACGAGAUUCUCAACUAAACAACAGCGGACUUAAUAAGCUAGAAAUACUUUUAAGGCUACUCAAACCAACUUAUUUCAUCCAUGCGAUUGUGUAUUCAUGGUACUUCACUAGUUUACGCUCCACGAUUCCACUCAGUUUAUCCAGUUUCGCAAUGCUGUCAACUAUAUUGACCUUCUAUUCGAUAAUUGCUGGCUUUUUCUUUCAUCUACUAGUUACUGGACCAGUGGAAAGAAUCAACUAUCUAUUAUCCAGAACAAAAUCAAAAGCUCAAUGAGCAGCUAUUGUGGCAUAAGAAGAUCAAAAUGCUGUGCAUACGAAAAAAUGUAUUAAAAACUAAAUUUUUUCUUACAUGA